UCUACCUCUUCUGAGAAUUGUUGUCGCUCAACAUCACAGAAGCUAACCAUUUGAGAGAGGGGAUCGAUUUGAUACGAUUCGAUUCGGAGAAGAGGAAAGGUAAAUCGAGGAAGGAUGGGUGGAGGAAUGGAGACAAACAAGAACAAGUUCAUAGAGGAUUGGGGAUCCGCCAGGGAGAAUCUCGAGCAUAACUUCCGCUGGACCCGUCGCAACUUCGCUCUCAUCGGUAUCUUCGGCAUCGCCCUCCCCAUCAUCGUCUACAAGGGCAUCGUCAAAGAUUUUCAUAUGCAAGACGAAGAUGCUGGCAGACCACAUAGAAAGUUCCUAUGAGGCUCUUUGCAAGAAAAGUCUCAGCAGUGUGAAAAUUUUCAAGAAGCUGAUGCUACAACUCUCCCCUUUGCAUUUUAUUCAGAAUAAUAAAGAGAACAUCUGAAGGAUUUUAAUUUUAAUUUCUGUUUGGAAAAGUUUGUUUUAAUUGGCAAAUAAAAAAAAAUACACACUCAAGUUCGCCCAUUUUGACAUGAGUAAGUAAAGUCUCAAUUUAGGUGAACUUGUGAGAUAAC